AUGUUUGGUAAGAAAAGGGCAAGGGAUGGUCCAUGCCCCUCGGUUCGCUUCCUCCUCCUUUCGAGUGAAAAUCAAUAACCAUCUAUUGAUUUAAUGAAAAUCCAUAAAAACAAGGCGCGUAAAAGAUUCAAAAAUUGUGCAUUUUUUUCAGAAUGACGGUGGCUCCUACGUCGGUCAACUGUUUCAGAGGUGCGGUGGGGUUGCGAGGAAUCAUGCGGACGCCAUCGCCAGGUUUUUGAAAAACUUUUUCCCGAUUCAAAUCACUUAAAUUGCCCCUGAAUUGGGGCCUGAGAGUCCCUAUAAGUCCAAAUGUCCACCAAAUGCAUGAAUACGGUAUGGUUCAUUAGGUUUAUUUGAGCCGCGUGCUGGGAACUGAACAUUUUUCCCAUAAUCGGGAUAACGAAAAUUCUCAAAUAAAGUUGAGAAAACUCAGUUUUUUGUGAUUUUCCAAGUUUUGAAUGUCAGCUAAUUACUUAUAUCAUAUGAUUUCUUAAAAUCGAGAAGCCCGUACAGUUUUUCUGUACGAUAUUGCUUUUCUCGAGAUUUUCCCCUAAUGCUGAAAGCUAUCAGAAUAAAGACAUAUGUCCGUAAAAAAAACUAAUCAGAGAACCUGUGUGAAAAUACCAGUCGCAAAAUAAAGUUUUGUGUUAUGUAAUUAUCGCCAGAGUACUAGCUUGCUUCAACAGGAUGAAUCGAAAUCUUUAAUUUUUGAAAUAAAUUUUGACCGAAGAGCAUGGUUUGAAACUAGAAGAGGAAAAGAGGAGACGCCACUCGCUGCGACGGAUUGAAGAAAGUACGAGGCGGGGAACGCGUCUCCUUUUGGAUUCGGUUGGCACCUCCUCCCUUUGUUCUCCCUGUACCCAUUCCCCAUUCAAAUUUCGGUGCGUUACUCGAAAGUCGGAGCUUUUUUUCUUUGUUUACAAUGGAUCCAAAUGGUGCUGGGAAAAGAAACUUGUGGGAAAUGGUCAGUUUUCGAAUUUGGUUUUUGAUCUUCUAAUCGAUUGAGACGCGCUUUUUCUGUUCACUCUUUCAAGAAGUAAUUAACAUUUUCAGAUUGGGAUGUGAGUCCGUUUUGAUUUCUGCAGUGGGUGAAGACGAUCACGGUGAUUACUUGCGCCAACAGUGCUCUCAUAUUGUGAGCCGUAUCUGAGGAUAUCUUCAAGAAAAUGAUUCAGGAUAUUUCUGGCGUUGUAUCAAUUUCCAAUGCGUCUACAGCGACUUAUAUGUCCAUGAACCAAAAAGGAAACGUGCGCUACGGCGUCAGCUCGAUCGGAAAAGUUUUGUCCCUCAUCACUCCAGAAAUGGUUUUUUUUUCUUUCUUUCAUACACUCAGAAUUAUUUUUUUAGAUCACCCAAAAGGAAAAAGUAAUCGGCACGGCGGAUUUCCUACUUUUGGACAGUAACUUAUCCGUUGAGACUAUGAAAAAAGCUAUUGAAAUCGGCAGCUAUUACAAACGCAAAAGUUUGUUUUACAACGUUUCGUGGGUGUAUUUAAUGAUUUUUUUUAGUUUGGGUAGAGCCCACAGAUAUCAAAAAAAUGAAUAGAGUUUUCAAAACGGGUUUGGUUCGGCAGAUCACAGCCACUUCCCCGAAUGCCAACGAGUUCAGGAUGUGGGCUCAAGAGUGCGGGGUCCAGACCACAGGUUCUUUUCUCGUUCUCGAAAAAUUUGCAAAAAAACUCUUCCAGAUAAGGCUCUGUCCUCGCCUGAGACUGUCGCUGACUUUGUGCUUGGAAAUAAAGUUCUCCUCCAAGAUCUUUCUUUCCUUGUCGUCUCCCUUGCGGAAAAGGGCUCUGUAGUUGUUUCCAAGUAAACUUCCCAGUGAUUUGGUAUCUUCAUUUCACUUUUAAGAAAUGAGAAAGAAGAAUAUGAACUUCGAUUGGUUCCUGCUCCCGUUGACUCAACGAAAGUUUUUUCUGUCUCCGGCGCCGGUGACAGGUCGGUCGUUCAAUAAUUCGCAAGAUAUUUUCACCGUAUUUAUCUGAAUUUACCAUCGGAGCGCUAUACAAAAAAAAACAUUCUCGGAUGGAAGAGCAUGGGAAAUGAUUUGAUUGUAAGAUAACGUCCUAUCUUUUUUCAAGCGUAAACAUAGAUCGCCAUGAGAAAGAGGGCUUUGCAAGAUUGAUGAAGAAAAUUAUUUUUCGGUAGGGCUCAUAUUGCGAAAAUCCCAAAUCUUGUUAUUAUUUAGCAAGCUGAUUUUUUUCAAAAGUGAAGAAUUUUAUAAACUUCAUACAGUUCCAAAAUAGCCGAGUAGUGAGGUUUUUGAUUCAAAAUGAACAAAAUGAAAAAAAAAAUGAUUCAUCAAAAGGACGAUAGAGGUCAUUCACAUACAUGUGAAUAAAUUUUGAAUUAAUCAAGUUAUCUGACUUAACUAACUCUUAUCCAAAGGUUCUCUUUUUUUACCAACUUUAUAUUUUUCAAGAUCGAGCUUUCAAAGCAUUUACAAAAAUUCGAUCGAAAAAUCGAGUAGAAAAACCCCUCACUGAUCCUGAAUUCUAAAAAUUUUUUUGAAAAAAAGCACCACUUUUUCUGGAAAAAAAAUCAUGUAUAAAAUUCCCCAUAUUCUAUUCCAAAGACUUAAACUUGCUUUACAGUUUCAACAGCGGCGUAAUGUGUGCUUUGGCCAGCGGAAAGACGGUUGACGAAGCCUUGGAAGUUGGACAAAUCUGCGCCGCCUUAACUCUCCAGACGCCUUUGGCCGUCUCCACCUCAAUAACACCCAAAAUUCUUUUCGAUUAA